AUGCCGAUUCCCCCUCCCCCAAUCUGGUUGCAAGUUGGAACCGUCGUGUUAAAUUUCGCUGCACUUUCUUGGAAGUGGAAAUUUCUCAACGAUUAUAAUGAACGAGGCCGGAGAGUGAAUCUCCUCGAACAAGAAUUAGCUCAAUUGAAACUUAGCAACAAGGCUACUGGAGACAAAAAAUAUCCACCUACAUCACCAGCAGAGUCGCAUUCGACUACUGGAUCACGCUGA